ACGGAAGCGUCUCUUUUGGUUGCACAGGAAGCUGAUUUGCGAAAGGUGAUGGACUUGUUCUAUUUGAAGGAACAUCAUGCUAGAACAUUACUCAUUGAAUUUAGAUGGAAUGUUGAUAAGCUAUUAGCUGUAUUUGUUGAGAAAGGGACAGAUCAGUUGUAUAAGGAAGUUGGACUUGUGAUAGGUGGUUCUGAUGGAGAAUCUUCACGGGAUCCUUUGUCUUUGGUGUUGUGUGAAAUAUGCAUGGAGAAUGAGCCUGUUCUCGAGACGACAACGAUGGAUUGUGGUCAUUGUUUCUGCAAUAACUGUUGGACAGAACACUUCAUUGUGAAGAUAAACGAGGGUGAGAGUAGGCGUAUUAGCUGCAUGAGUUAUAAGUGCUGUACAGUUUGUGAUGAAGCAAAAGUUAGGCAACUUGUUAGUGCGAGGCGUCCUGAUCUAGCAGAAAAAUUUGACAGUUUUCUCUUUCAAUCUUAUAUUGACGAUAAUGAUAGAGUGAAAUGGUGCCCUAGUGCACCUCAUUGUGGUAAUGCAAUUUGCGUUGAAGAAGAUCAAUAUUGUGAGGUUGAAUGUGCUUGUGGUCAGCAAUUUUGUUUCAACUGUUUGUCUGAAACACAUUCUCCUUGUUCGUGUUUCAUAUGGGGACUAUGGCUCAAGAAGUGUUCUGAUGAAUCCGAGACAGUGAACUGGAUGAAUGUUAAUACCAAGCUCUGCCCUUCUUGUCAGAAGUCAGUCGAGAAAAAUGGUGGAUGCAAUCUAGUUCGAUGCAUAUGUAGACAAUACUUUUGUUGGAAGUGCGGUGGAGCAACAGGUAGUCAACACACAUGGGAUAGUAUAGCAGGUCAUAGCUGCGGGCAAUACACAGAAAAUCAAGUAAAGAAUCUCGAAAUGUCCAAGACACAACUCAAACGUUACAUCCACUACUUUAAUCAUCACAAAGCACAAAAGAACUCUUUGAUGGCCGAAUCUUUGCUGAAGGAGAAGCUAAUAGAAAGAGUAAAGAACUUGGAAGAAAGGGAAGGCUGGGCAAGUGAAAAUUACAAAUGGGUAUUUGUUGGUCUAAGCAGACUCUUCAAAUCAAGAAAAGUGCUCUGUUAUACAUACCCUCUAGCAUUUUAUAUGUUUGGCGAAGAUGAACUAAUUGAAAAACAAAUCACACCUAAAGAAAAGAAGAUCAAGCAUAAUUUGUUCGAGGAUUUGCAGCAACAGCUCGAGGAAAAAGUCGAGAAACUAUCCAUGGGAUUGGAACAACCAUUCGACGAUCUUACGCAUCCGUUUGAUGAGACGAGAUUGGGUAUUAUUGCUCUCUCUAGUGUUACAGAUGAGCUUUGCAAAAGCAUUUAUAAAUUUGUGGAGAAUGAAUUGCUAGGAAUUCUUCCACAGAAUCAUGCCAUAGCACCUUAUAUAUCAAAUGGAAUUGUGAAAGCUUCAGAGCUAUCUUAGAAAAUAAAAUAAAUUGAUUAUAACUUAUUACUGCCAUUGGUAAAUUUAUGGUUUUCAAUGAAAUGAAAUGUUUAAAGUUUAUAUUACUAUGUAAUACCAGAU